CCACAUGCAACUCGGGCCAUUGGCAUUGGACUCCUCUUUAUUUGGAGAACCACUAAGAGUGCAAUCACCAGUGUGUCCACAAUAUUGAAGAGUAGCCUACGCUGCGAAAUGGAUUUGCAUGAAGGAGCCGCACACGGACAUGGUGAGGGUGUUUUAGACUUGUCGCGUCUGAAUUUGAACACUUUGAGCUUGGUCGAGAUCAGCGAGGAGCGAAAGAUGGGCACCAAGCAGUUGUAUCUAAGCUUCAACCGACUGCCCUCGCUUCCCGGAUCGGUUUGCAUGUUCUCCAACCUCGAAUUUCUUGACAUUAGCAACAACGGAUUAUCGGUAAUCUGUGAAGGCAUUACUUGGUUAACGAAACUCAGAACACUAAUAGCCAAGAACAACCGUCUGGACGAAUUCUCGCUUCCCAAGGAGUUCGGGUCUUUGCCGUUGGAGGUGUUGAAUCUAAGUGGCAAUAGGUUUGAGGAGAUGCCAGCGCAGUUCCUAAAGUUGCAGCGGCUACAAUCACUUUCCCUGGGGGGAAACAGACUCCAAAGUAUUCCUGCAGAAAUUGAGAAUUUAACCAGUCUUGAGAUGCUGUAUUUGGGUGGUAACCUGAUCACCUCUAUUCCUCCUGAGCUGGCCAACCUGCCCUACCUCAGCUAUCUGGUCCUGUGUGACAACCGCAUACAAGGUGUACCCCCGCAGCUCACCAGGCUCCACUCCCUGCGCUCCCUGAGUCUCCAUAACAACCUGCUGACCUACCUGCCCCGGGAGAUCCUCAGCCUGGUGCGCCUGCAGGAGCUCAGUCUCCGUGGCAACCCCCUAGUGGUGCGCUUUGUCAAGGAGAUGACUUACGACCCCCCAUCACUGCUGGAGCUGGCGGGUCGUACCAUCAAGAGCCGGAACGUUCCAUACUCGUCCUGCGACAUGCCCUCUCACCUGUUGCACUACCUAGACCUGGCCAGCAAGUGUCCCAAUCCUAAGUGUGCUGGCGUGUACUUUGACUCGUGCGUGCGCCACAUCAAGUUUGUGGACUUCUGUGGGAAGUACCGGCUGCCCCUCAUGCACUACCUGUGCUCCCCAGAGUGCACUUCACCCUGCAGCUCCAACCCCCAGAGCGACGCCGAGUCAGAGGAUGAGAUCAGCGUGCCCGCCUACCGCCUGCAGAGGGUGCUGCUGGGAUAGCAGGAAGUGGAAGGGCCUCCAGUCCUAACCAUAUCAAUAGCCUCAGAACCAGUCUUUCUCUCUGUGACUGGACGGUACUGUAGGGAUGAAAUCUGCCCCCUCUGGUCUCGUGUGUGUUUGAUGCAAGACGCUAGAUGCACAAAGACAUACCCUCACACACAAACACACUCACAUGUGAGAGAUAUCCGGUUGUCAAUGUGGACCUAAACCAGGACAAAUGUCUUUAGGUGGGUAUGUCCCCUGGAACCCAUUGACUCAGUCACUUUAGCCAUCUAAAACUGGGGGACAAAUGAUGGGAGGGAUCUUACCUCUAUUUCUCAGUAACACUACAGAUCACUGAUGCCUUCAGACUUUGAGCAGUGCCUUUAACAGAUGAAGCAUUUCACUCCAUUCCUGAUGGUUUCAUGGGUAAACAUAGGAGGGCAGUAGAAACCAUAACUUUGCCAACUCGCUAUGUGAGCUAUUGAAAUGUUUUUAAUGAUUUUAGAACACUAUCACACCAUUCCUUAGAGUCAGGUUAUGAACAAUUUAAGAUUUCUAAUUGCCUGAAAACAGGAAGUGUGUGCCCCGGUUCUUUGUAAAAGCUUUGUUUUUCUCUCACACACAGGAAGUCGAUCUAGGCCAGGCAGAGGAGUGUGAAUAGUCUCCUGAAAGGAGAAAAUCAAACGUAUCUGACAAGAUGCAAUGAAUGUUUGUAUUUCCAGCUCUUGGUUUUCUCUAAAUUUGACAGAUAUAGAUACACAUAUAUAUA